AAACGGAGUAGUGUGCAGAUGUGUAGCAGUGUGCAAUAAUCAUAAGAAAACUUUGGUUCAUUUUUCUAAUACCUUUUAGAUUCAUUAUUAAAUCUUGAUAAUAUAUUUUUAGAUCAAUUAUGUUUUUAACAACUGUUGUUGAGUUUUAACGCGAGAACCAUGUGUGACAACGUGAACAACAAUCCAUUUGCUGGAUUGUUUUCUACCAUUAAUGAUGCCGUGUCAUUUUCAUCUCAGAAUCAAACGAUUAUCAACGAAAGUAACAGAGUUAAUUAUAUCGCGCAACUUAAGGAUAAGCAUGUUGAUAACACUAAGGAAAUAAAUUUUCAAGGUUCCAAAGAUUUCAGAGAUGAUAGUCAAAUUAACCUUCUUCUCAAUGAUAUAUUUGGAAUAACACUACAUGCAACAGAGUCGAAUGAACAACAAAAACGUAAAUUAGUCUUUAUUAAUGUUGAUUCGAUUGAACAAGCAGUUUUUGAGCGAUUAAUGCUCUCUGACCUUGAGUCCAAAUUAGUACCUGUUGAAAAUUCUCAAGAAGUUGUAAAUGACUCUCAUACAGUAGAGAAAUUAGUUAUGUAUUAUUUAUUUGAAAGUUAUUGUCGAUUGCAGCGAUAUCAAAAUAAAUUGGAAUGUUCUGAUAUUAUCUACAAAAUACGUCAAGUUAUUUUACAAAAUGCAGGUGUUGCAUUGCAAGAACCAAAAUUGUUCGAAGAACAAGAGAUUCAUAAUCAAUUUAUUGCAUUAUGUAUGGAUGAAACAGGACCAAAACCAGAACUGAUAUCUUUCACGCAUGGUAUUGUGAAUGAACUGAGAGCACAAGAUGAAAAAAAUGCUUCAGAUGUAAUUACUACAUCUUUUACUCCUAUUCUUGAUAUAAUUCAUAAGGAAGCAGCACAGAGUAAUCUUGUCUUUUUUCGCCGCUAUUGGUUUACUAUAUUAAACCUCUUUGCAACAAUAGAACCUUUAGCAAAAUUACUUAUUGAACAUAGUACUCCUAAAAGCAAUCAAGGCAGAGCUUAUGCAGAGACAUUACUGGGUGCACUUCUUAGUUUGAGUUGUUUGCCUAAAACAAUAGGAGAACCAUUUUACUUCUUUGAUAAACCAUUGCAACAGUCUUCUACUACUAUUGAGGGAAACAUUUGGACUGCUUUGGAUGUUUUGAAUGAAUCUUUACAAAAGGUUUUUCAUUUAUUACUAAAAUGUUCAAUUGAAGUACGGCAUUUAACUUUACAAUGGAUAGGCAAUUGUCUUCAUUUGAAUGCAAACAGAGGAAAACUUUGGAAUGCCCAAAUUGAUGUAGUUUUUAGUACAAUGUUGUGCGUUUCUGAUGGUUUUAUGUUAAAUUUAGGAAAUGUACUAUUGCGACUUUGUCAACCAUUCUGCAUUAAAGAAAACGAAUCUAAAGUGCCUAAAAUUGAUCCAACAUACUGUGCAGCAGAGGUGACCAAUGAAAAUGAAUCUAUGGGUCAAUUUAUACAUUUGAAAGGAAUGUCUUCAGAAACUUGUUUAAUACCAACAUCAGAAGGUGGUGCUAAACCAGUUGCAAAAUCGUUUGGAUUCAUUACUGAAUGCUUUUUUUUAACUCACAGAGCUCUAGAUCUUGGUUAUAGAGUAGUAUUGGAUAAAUUUUUAAGAACAAAUCAAAGUUUGGUCAGAAUACAAAGAGUAUAUGAGGAUGCUCAGGCUGGUGGUAGGUCAGAAGUGUUAGAGACAUUAUCUCAACGCAUGGAAGACGAAAUGACCAAAUACUUGUCUAUAAGAGCAAGUCUUCUAGUGCCAGAAAUGUUAAAGCUUUUAGCAAAAUUUAAUGCAACAACAGCAUUUUGGUUAGUACAAGUGUACCUAGAUGAUGUCAAAACUGAAGAAAAUGAACCGAAUGAUUACAUUCCAAAAGAAUGUAAAGUAGUAACGUUCCCUUUACCAGAAACUGUUCCAGAGACAUUAAGGUGCAUUCCUGAAUUCGUGGUUGAAAAUACUAUUAGAUUUUUACAUAUUUUGAGCCGUUUAAAUACAAAUGUUUUUGAAGAACAAGGUUCACCAUUUUUAACACCAAUACUGACAGAAAUUAUAGUGUUAAUGGAGUCUCAACAACGUUUAUACAAUCCUCAUUUACGCGCUCGUUUGGCAGAGGGAUUAGAAGCGCUUUUACCUACAACUGAUGAAACCAUACAACCCAUAACACCGAGUUUAGGGAAGUUCCAUAGAGAACAACUGUUUAUUACACAUCCGUAUAGGCAACAUAUUGUCUCUAAUUUGCUUAAAGUGUUUGUAAGUAUCGAAAUGACUGGGCAAAGUGUGCAAUUUGAACAAAAGUUCAAUUACCGACGACCAAUGUACGUUGUUAUGGAGUAUUUGUGGAAAUUGCCAGAGCAUCGGAAUAACUUUAUUACUUUGGCCGAAGAAGCAGAAGCCAAUAUGGAAGCAGCACAGCCACCAUUAUUUUUGCGUUUUAUAAAUCUUUUAAUGAAUGAUGCAGUUUUUUUAUUAGACGAAGCACUUUCAAGCAUGGCUCAAUUGAGACAAUUAAUUCAAGCAAGGGAAAGUGGAGAGUGGAAUAAAUUACCACAACAUGAACGCGACCAACAGGCUCAGUAUUUGUUAUAUCUUGGAAUGACUGCUCGAUUUAACAAUAUAUUAGGUAGAAAAACCAUUUACACAUUGAAAAUGUUGACUACAGAGAUAAAAUCGAUCUUUUGUCAUCCGACAAUGGUAGAUCGUAUUGCAUCGAUGCUUAAUUAUUUGUUGCUUCAAUUGGUUGGGCCAAAUAAAAAGAAUUUAAAGGUGAAUGGUCAGAAAGAAUAUGCAUUUAAUCCUGCAAAUCUGGUAUUGAACAUAUGUGAAAUUUAUAUAAAUCUUAGUCAAAAUAAAUCUUUUACACUGGCAGUUUCUCAAGAUGGUCGGUCAUAUAGACCUGAUUUAUUUAAAUUAGCCGACAAUGUUCUGGUUCAUAUCGGUGGCGUUGGAAUGUUGGGAGAUUUGGAUCAGUUUGCAAAGAAUGUAGAGGAAGCAGCAAACGAUAAAAAGGAAGAAGAUGAAAUUUUAAUCGAUGCUCCUGAUGAAUUCCUUGACCCUAUUAUGUCCACUUUAAUGAUUGAUCCUGUUAUUCUCCCAUCGUCAGGAAUAACUAUUGAUCGUCAAACUAUAGCAAGGCAUCUACUCAGCGAUCAAACGGAUCCAUUCAAUCGAUCUCCUUUAACUAUGGAUAUGGUGAAAUCUAACGUUGAACUUCAACAGAGGGUGCAAGAAUGGAUACAACAGAGAAAGCAAGAAAAAGCAAGGAAUCGUCAAUGAUUGUCAAAGAGUAACAGAUCGAGUUUGUAAAUUGUAACUUGCAAAAUAGAUGUACUGUGUAAUUUAAUAUUGAAUCUAGUAACAAGAUUAACAUCUCCGAUUGCAGAUAAUGAGAAUAACAAAGUAUGAUAUAUGGCAAACUCAGUGGUUUAUGUUGAUUAGUUGAAAUUUUGUUGUUUUCUAAUAUAAAGAAGUACAUAUUUUUGUAUACAAAUUCUUAUAGGUACGUAUAGAUACCGAUUUUGUGCUAUAAUUGCUAUUAUUCUACACAGUUUUCGACAUUGCAUUUGAUGCAAAGAAUCGUCUGGUAAUUAGUCAAUGAAAUAAUGUAGACAAAGCGCUAAACGUCAUUGUUAUUGUACGAUAAGUGUAAAAAGUACUUGUUAUAAAAUUUCUUAUAUUUAA